AUGUCGAUGAAUAUUGAAGUCACUGACAGUACGUGCAGUGAAAACAACCAGGCGCAGCUGGUCAGAUACCAACAUAAUUAUAGACUAGAAUCGAAAAAUGUAUUUAAAUUGGAGAGAGUGGAGAAGCUUGUCAAGACGAUUAUGAAUGAUAAUUUAGAAAGUUUCUCUUACGAUUCCAGUCAAUGUAUCAAAAUGUGUUUCGAUACUGCAGCGAAAAUUCGACAAAAAAUUCAUGCACUUAAAUUUGAUAGGUAUAAAUUUGUUAUAAUCUUUAGUAUUGUGGAGAAAAAUAGUCAAUCAAUGUAUGCCGCAAUGGGAUUUCUCUGGGAUUAUCAAAGAGAUAAUUAUAUCACGCAUGUCUUCGAAGGGCGAACUUUUUCUGCCUACUGUUGUGUAUUUGCUUUAUAUUAUGAAUGA